AUGUCCAAAACCUUCACCACCAGCGACGUCGCGUCGCAUAACAAGGGCGAUGACAUGUACAUUAUUGUCGACGGCGACGUCUACGACAUAACCAAGUUCCAAGAUGAACAUCCCGGCGGUAAAAAGAUUCUCGCGCGCGUCGCCGGCAAGGACGCCUCCAAGAUUUUCUGGAAAUACCACAACGAGGGCAUCCUCAAAAAGUACAAGAGCAAGCUGCAGGUGGGCUCGCUCGACACCAAGCCCAAAGCUGAGCCGAAACCCCAGCCCAAGCCCGCGCCUGCGCCGGCCCCCAGCAAGGCAAAGGCACCCUCCAGUUCCGCCGCGUCUGGCGAUGAGCAGUCGGAGCCUCUGGAGCCCUUUGGGGCCUUGAUCCCCUUUGCCGACCCUUCGUGGUACCAGGGCAACUUCUCACCCUACUUCAACGAGACGCAUGCCGCGCUCCGUGCCGAGGUGCGUGAGUGGAUGGAGAGCGAGGUUGAGCCCAACGUCACCGAGUGGGACGAGGCAAAGAGGGUUCCCGAGGACAUCUACAAGGAGAUGGGCCGCCGCGGCUACCUUGCCGGUCUGCUGGGCGUCACGUACCCCACCGAGUACGUGCCCGGCGGCGUCAAGUCCGUUGCCGCCGAGAGGUGGGAUCUCUUCCACGAGAUGCUCCUCACCGACGAGCUGUCCCGCGCCGGGUCGGGAGGCUUCGUCUGGAACCUUAUUGGCGGCUUCGGCAUCGGCUGCCCUCCCGUCAUGAAGUUUGGCUCCCAGGCCCUCAAGGACCGCAUCCUGCCGGGCAUUCUCGCCGGCGACAAGCGCAUCUGCCUGGCCAUCACCGAGCCCGACGCCGGCAGCGACGUGGCCAACCUGACCUGCGAGGCCAAGCUCAGCGACGACGGCAAGCACUUCAUCGUCAACGGCGAGAAGAAGUGGAUCACCAACGGCAUCUGGGCCGACUACUUCACCACCGCUGUGCGGACCGGGGGUCCCGGCAUGAACGGCGUCAGCCUCUUGCUCAUCGAGCGCGGCCCCGGCGUCAGCACCCGCCGCAUGGACUGCCAGGGCGUGUGGUCCUCGGGCACCACCUACAUCACCUUUGAGGACGUCAAGGUGCCCGUGGAGAACCUGCUCGGCAAGAAGGACAAGGGCUUCGGCGUCAUCAUGACCAACUUCAACCACGAGCGCAUCGGCAUCAUCAUCCAGUGUCUCCGCUUCUCGCGCGUCUGCUACGAGGAGUCGGUCAAGUACGCCAACAAGCGCCGCACCUUUGGCAAGAAGCUGAUUGAGCACCCCGUCAUCCGCAUGAAGCUCGCGCACAUGGCUCGCCAGAUCGAGGCCUCGUACAACUGGCUGGAGAGCAUGAUUUACCAGUGCCAGAAAAUGGGCGAGCACGAGGCCAUGCUCCGGCUCGGCGGGCCCAUUGCCGGGCUCAAGGCCCAGUCCACCGUCACCUUUGAGUUUUGCGCCCGCGAGGCGUCCCAGAUCUUUGGCGGCCUGUCCUACUCCCGCGGCGGACAGGGUGGCAAGGUGGAGAGGCUGUACAGGGAUGUGCGAGCGUACGCCAUUCCCGGCGGCAGCGAGGAGAUUAUGCUGGAUCUGAGCAUGAGACAGUCGCUAAAGGUUGCUCAGAUUAUGGGCAUGAAGCUGUAA